UAGACUCAGUCCGGGUCAACUCGGGAGCUGCUAAACCCGGAAAUGAGAUGUGAUGCUUUGGAGGAAAAUAAACGCGUUUUUGUGAGAGAAAAAAACAACAACAACAUGGAAAUUCACUUCCUGCCAAGUUUGCUGGUGUUGUCUUUCAUAGCCACCGCUUUCGGCGACGGUGGUGAGCUGACGUUAGUUCAGGAGUUGUCCUCCAAGCCGGCCCAGAAGCUGUCAAGAUACGGUUGGUAUGGCAACAUCAGGCUGACCAUGUUCCAUAUCCCGGACGACACCGUCGUCGCCCGCUGGCUGUUCACUGUAACCAGGGGCAGCGGUUUCAACUGUGGAACACACAACGUCACCAUGUACAUGCGUUGGGGAGCUCCUCCAGUCAUUGACCCAGUAGGACGGCUGUUUCCUAACAACACUGUGACAUCACCAGUCCUCUCGCUCAACCUGCCCAUGACAUCAUCACAAAGCAACACAACCUUUAACCUCUCUAACCCCGCCCCCGGAGACUGGUACCUGGCGGCUCACCUGCCCCGAGACGAUGGACGCAUCGAACACAAGGGAUUCCCGUCCUGCUCUUACCUCUUCCAGCCCCAGCUGUCAGUCAGGAGAGCAGUGGACACACCCAUCCUCCAGGCCACGCCCCUAACCCAGAGCGCCUCCCCCGACAGACCUGCACGACUCCGGGUUUUUGUUCCAGAGUUCGUGUCGUCUCUCUCGGUGUCUGUGAGUGGCUGUACCUGGUGGGAGGGACUUGUGAACGGAGACUGUUCAUUGUCCCUCACGCUGGGCUCCUCCUCCCCCCAGGGGGGGCUUGUGAGGGUGAACUGUUCUCUGAUUGGCUGCUCGGCCGUUCUCCUCGCUCCCCCAUGGAAUACUUGGAUACGAGUCACCGUGGAUAGUUACCAUAGCAACCGAACCACAGCCUUCAGCAUCUCAGUCAACUACACAGUGGGUUGUAAGCCUCAGAGCGUGGGUAUGUCUGGAGACGAUUACAUUAACAGGCUCCAUGGCAACAGCAGCACGACAACAUCACCAGGCAACGGUUCUGUGGUUGCCGAGGCAGGUCGUCAUAACAACGUGUCGUCGGAGUGUGUGUGGAGUGUCCCAGUGCUCCGUGAGGAACUAGACGUUCUGUCUGUCCGGUUCUCUCCCAUUAAUGGACCUAAUGUAACGGUCACACACACACACCCCACGCUCCUCACCUACCCCCUCAACACACAGUCUACUGGAGGGACCUUGAACCUGGAGAUUACACUCAACACUACUAAUGCAACGUUAGGAAACAGCAGUGUGAUGGCCUGUUUCUCUUCCUGGGCUCCUGUCCUCGCACUCAACUACUCCCAUCCCUGUCACACAGGGUUGUUCUCAGCCAUUGGGUUGAGUGUGAACGUCAGUGUUCCUGGGACCGUCAUCAGACUUCCCUUCCCCCAGGCUGCUACCUGGUACCUCACCUUACAACUCUUCUGCAACAGUAGUGACUGUGGUAACGUGACAGUAACACCACAGCUCCAUGUAUCAGCCUGUAUCGAGGACUGUGGGACCUAUGGAGAGUGUCGACUGUUGAGGUCCUUCAGCUAUCUCUAUGCUGCCUGUGUCUGCAAAGCCGGUUGGAGUGGGUGGGGCUGUACUGAUGACAUCACAGCCCAGUCGUACGGUCGUCAGCUGACAGCAGUUCUACUGCUCACGCUCAGUAACCUCCUCUUCAUCCCGCCCAUCGUCAUCGCUGUCCGACGCUGUUACAUCACUGAGGCCUCUGUCUACCUCUUUACCAUGUUCUUCUCUACUUUCUACCAUGCAUGUGACCAGCCUGGUUUAACAGUGAUGUGUAUCAUGGAUUACGACACUCUCCAGUACUGUGACUUCCUGGGUUCAGUCUGUUCUAUGUGGGUCACUGUUCUCUGCAUGGCCCGAGUCAGAGACACAUUCAAACACAUGUUGUUCAUGCUCGGUACUCUGCUGAUAGCGAUGUCCAUGCAGCUGGACCGGAGAGGACUGUGGAACAUGCUGGGACCCAUCCUCUGUGCUGUACUGGCCAUGGUGACCUCCUGGGUGUAUCGAGGGCUGAAGAGGAAACAGUGCUACCCCCCCUCUUGGCGGCGUUGGGUACUGUUUCUCCUCCCAGGCCUGGCCUCAGCGCUGGUCGGUGUGUGUGUGUACGUGUUUGCUGAGACGGAGGACAACUACCUGUACACACACUCUCUAUGGCACGUCCUGGUUGCCUCUAGUGUGGUGUUCCUUCUGCCUCCCAGAGAGACAGACUCCAUGAACACCUGGAGCCCUGGAGUCUGUGGUUACACACUCUGUCACAGCACCAAGGAGGAACUAUACACUGUCACCUGACCUCUGACCCUGGACCUGUGGAGACCAACACUGUCACAUAGGUUUAAGGCUGUGACCAUACCAGUAUUGACAGAUUUUUUUUCCAUGGAAAAAUGAAUAUCUGAAACAGACAACUCUUUUGUCCUUUAAUAACCUGCUGGAUGUAAAAUCUAGUAUUUUAUAGCCUGGAAAAACAUUAAUGAAAACAUAAUGAUGUUUAAUAACCUGCUGGAUGUAAAAUCUAGUGUUUUAUAGCCUGGAAAAACAUGAAUGAAAACAUAAUGAUGUUUAACCUGCUGGAUGUAAAAUCUAGUGUUUUAUAGCUUGGAAAAACAUGAAUGAAAACAUAAUGAUGUUUCCAAUAUUAGGGCUGUUUUCCUAAAGAAGUUACAUCCUCUUGGUGUUUCCUUGAUACUAUGAAGUAAUCCUGGUGUGGUCCCAGCUCUGCUAGCUGUAUGUUGGUGUGUGUGUAUAUAAUCCUGGUGUGGUCCCAGCUCUGCUAGCUGUAUGUUGGUGUGUGUGUAUAUAAUCCUGGUGUGGUCCCAGCUCUGCUAGCUGUAUGUUGGUGUGUGUGUAUAUAAUCCUGGUGUGGUCCCAGCUCUGCUAGCUGUAUGUUGGUGUGUGUGUAUAUAAUCCUGGUGUGGUCCCAGCUCUGCUAGCUGUAUGUUGGUGUGUGUGUAUAUAAUCCUGGUGUGGUCCCAGCUCUGCUAGCUGUAUGUUGGUGUGUGUGUAUAUAAUCCUGGUGUGGUCCCAGUAUGUAUCUAUAUAUAUGACAUAUAUUUCUGGUCAAGGAUAUGAAUGUUUUCCUAAUAAUAUAUUUAUAUGACAUCACUGCCUGCUAAUCCAUCAUGUCUUGCCCCUCCCUCUUCCUCCUUUCCUCCUCGUCCUCCUCUAGUUUAGAUUCACUACUAGAUAGAGGAAGACUGCUAGUAAAAGCAGGGGUGAGUGUAAUUAACUUGCAGAAACAGAAGUGUUUCGGGCCUCCAGAACUGAACAGCCCCGAGUAAAGAAUAGUGCCAGAUUCUAGCAAUUAAGAUGUUUUUUCUCAUUGAUACAAUUUAUUUCUCUGUGUGUAGUUUGGAGGAAGUUAAAAGUCGUUUCACGAGUCAAUGCUAACUAGCAUUAGCAGAAUGAGUGGAAGUCUACCAGCACAGCUAGCACCUGUAGACUCAUGUUAUCUGUCUCGAUUCAAACACUAUAAUGGUAUAUUUACUCAUAGGAACCCUUUCCCUUGAGCAAGGCAGUUUACCCCCAACAACAACUGCUCCCCGGGUGCCGAUGUUGUGGACGUUGAUUAAGGCAGCCACCCCCCCCCGCACCUCUGAUUCAAAUGGGUUAAAUGCAUUCAGCUGUACAACUGACUAGGGUUCCCUUUCCCACAUCUCAAUGGGCCCAGUUCCAAUUCUAUAUCCUCCCUCCGUUCCUUACUCCCUUCCUUCUCCUUAGAGCACUUUAAUGACUAAGUGUAAUAAUGUAAUUUUAAUGCCAUCUAAAUGUAAUUUGUGUAGAGGUCUUUCUCUGAAUGUGUAUUUUGAAACUAAUCAGAUUGUGUAUCCAGUGCCUCUCCACUCUCUGUGUGUUCUGCAAGACCAGUUCCACCAUUCCUCUUAUUCUCUGGUCAUACAGCUUUCAUUUCACAAUGAUAUUAAGUUAGAAUUAAGCAUUUUAAUGUUCUGGAGUUUUUCAUGAUCACAUGUUAUGUUAAUGAGAUGUUAAUGUAAUGUUUCUGAUAUGGUAAAUAUAUGUUAAUUUUCAUGGGCUGCU